AUGGCCGAUCCAUUUUCCCUCGUGAGCUUGGCUGCGGCCAUCGCUCAGUUCGUUGAUAUAGGAUUCCGGCUGAUUCACGAAGCCAAAGGAAUCUACGAGUCUAACAGUGGGACAAAGCAAGAUGUGGCGGAGCUCCGAAUGGUUGUGGAAGACAUCAAAAACCUCAACCAAGAGAUUACCUAUAGCCCACAUCCUUCACCAUUAUCAAAAGAUGAUCUUGCGAUUCGUGCCCUUGCUGAGCAAUGCGACGCGCUUGCAGACAGUUUAUUAAGCGAGCUGAAACCGCUAGAAGUCCGCGAAGAUGCAAAGCAUCGCAUGCUGGAUAGUGUUCGAGUUUCAAUUUCAGCAUUCAUGCGGCACAAAGAUAUUCUGAAACUUUGGAACAGACUGUGUGUGAUAGAGAAGCAGCUGCGUGAAAGAGUCGCGCGAGCGGCUCAGAGAGAGCAGUACUCGAGCAUCAUGUUGCUCUUAGAUAGUCUUCAUCGCGAAAACGAGCAUGCAGAUAAUCAAACUUCCAGCAAGCUCACAGAUCGCCGCAGCGCCAUCGCGCUUGCAGCAGCAUCGACAGCAUUAAAUGGUGGGAAAGGAUAUGGAGUUGGCUUAGGUGACCUACGCUCAAUCCUCAUCGACCUGGUACAUGAAGGCAGGCUCGUUGACCACCGACAGAAGGUAAUCCAUAGUCUGAUGUUCAAGACUAUGACAAAACGACACGGCCAAAUCAACGCUGCACAUUUCAACACAUUGGGCUGGGUCCUGGAUCGAUCAACAACAACGCUACUUCAAUGGCUUGAAGAGCAGGGCGGAAUAUACUGGGUGAACGGUCAGGCAGGUAGCGGCAAGUCCACUCUCAUGAAGUAUAUAUCCGAAAAUGAAAUAGCAAAGGAUGCAUUGAAGCGCUGGGCUGGUGACGGGAGGCUAUUUGUCGCCAGCUUUUAUUUCUGGAAUGCAGGAGUGGACAUGCAAAAGUCCCAGCUGGGCCUCUUACAGAGUAUGCUGUAUCAGAUUCUCCGAUUUGACCCGUCUCUGGUCUCCCAGGUGUGUCCCGACCACCAGGGGUCAGAACCGUGGGAUAUUGCAGAGUUAAGGGACGCCUUCGUUCGCUUAGUAGUUUACGCCACGCCGUUAGCAAACUUUUGCUUCUUUAUCGAUGGCCUUGAUGAGUACGACGGUUGUGAAUGGGAGAUAAUUGGUGUCUUGAAAAGCCUUGUGCGAUCCGAGAAGGUUAAAAUAUGCGCAUCCAGUCGGCCCUGGGUAGCCUUCGAAAAAGAGCUUAGCAACCCAGGCCGCAUGUUCGUAUUGCAAGAGUUCACCAGGAAGGAUAUGGAGAAUUAUGUCAAAAGCAUGCUUGUUGAUAAUGACAUGUUCCGGAACCUAGCGACAAAAGAUCCGCGAUGCUACCAUCUUGUCACGGCAAUUGCAGAGCGGGCAAAUGGUGUGUGGCUUUGGGUAUUUCUCGUUGUGCGAGAUCUCAUGAGAGAUAUUAACACCAGAGAAACGUACAGUACGUUGGAGGCGCGCCUCAGAAGCUUGCCACAAGAGUUAAGCCAGUAUUUUACCCGGAUUUUGGAUCGAAUCGAUCCCUUCUUCCAAAAAGAUACAGCACGCAUCUUCCUCAUCGCCGUCGAGUCAGCUAGACCUUUCCCACUAUUUGCACUCACCUUUCUGGAAAGUGAAUCAAAAGACCAACAGUACGCUCUUAACGCAAACGUGAAAGCGUUGGCCAUGGACGAGAUAUCAAAAACAUGUACCGACUGGAGACUGCAGCUACAAGCCCGAUGCGGGGACCUGCUCCUCGUUCGUACAGAUGACUCUGAAGAUGCAUUUUUCAAACAUUCCGUGGACUUUCUCCACCGGACUGUGCGAGAUUUUCUCCGGGACAAUCACCAUACUGCACUACACAAUCGAACCCCCGAGAACUUCAACAGCAAGAAAACGUUAUGCAGAAUGCUCUUGGCUUUGAUAAAGAGUUACCCCAUCGAAAAUUUUCGUCAGGCUUCAAACGGACUCUUUACCUUGGUAGAUGAAUUUCUCUACUAUGCCUAUGAGCUGGAGCAGUUUGGUCAAGCGAUCUCCCAAUUCCCCUUGUUGGACGAAAUCGACAGAGUUAUGUCUAUCUACGCCAAAGAGGAGCGCGCCCACUGGACCAAUGGGAGAGAUUCACCCACAAACACCAAAUAUGUCCAAUGGAUCGAACGAGGCCAGUGUUCCUACCUGGGGCUGGCGGCGCAGGUCCGAUUGCGACUCUACGUUGAGCAUGCCCUGGACCGCGACCCAUCCAGGAUAAAGAAAAAAGGCCGGCCCUUAUUAGACUAUGCCCUUCGGCCGACCCGCGUCACGCCCAGUGACCUUCCAUAUUACCGGGAGCGAGACGUUGCAGGGAUCGAAGCCGAUAUUGUAACAACACUACUCUCUCGAGGCGCUGAUCCCAACGAGCGCAUCUACAUAUACGGUGGCCAAACCACAUGGGAGUUAUUUGUACUGUUUGCUCAUGAGCGAUAUGGGCAUUUAAGCCACGAAGACAACCCGUAUUUCGAGGUCGCUUGCCUGCUGGUCGAACGUGGCGCUGAUUUAGAUCAGACUGUACGUUUCCCUUCAAUGCAAGCCCACCUAGGGACAACCGCGCGGUAUAAAACACAGGUCGUUGUUGAAAAGCAUCAAGCGCCAGCGAGGCAGCUUCUCGCGAAAAUAUUUACUCCAGAUCAGAUGAUGAUCCUGGACAGUAAAAUGAAGCAGGCCCGGCUUCAGUCUCAGAUCCAAGAAGUGGGAUGGAUGGAAUGGAUCAGGUCCAUUGUUACUGGAAAGUAG